AUGGCCAGAAAAUACAGCGUAAACUCAAAACCACAGAGAUGGCCUUUGCAGGUAUUUUUUAAUAUCUUAGAUUUAGCCGGGAUAAAUGCUUGGAUUUUAUAUAAAGAAACGACAGCAGAAGGAAUUUUCAGAUUUUUUAUUUUAAUUGGGAAAAGAGCUUGCCACCGAAUGUCAAGAAAAGCAACAACUAGGAAAAGAAGGACUAGCAAAAACAAUCACAAAUAUAGCUACAGAUUCAUGUGACCAGAAAAAUUGCUACAUAAGAUUCUGCAAAGGUAAUAAGCCUAACAAGAUCUGUCUGAAAUAUGAAAAAUACAUAAAUGGGAAAUGUAUACUGAAGAAUCCUAUGGGUGUAAAAAAUGUAAUGAAAUUGAAUAAAAUAAACAUUAUUUAUUUUUAAAUAUAAGAAAAUGUUUUUUUUUUAAAGCGGUCAUAUGACCGCUCACGGUAG